AUCGACUCCAUCCCUCUGGAAGGUAGGCGCGAUCCCCACUUGGCCCGGUUUGAACACCAAGAUAGUUCCCAAUACAGUUGCAAGAAAACCCCACGAACAAUGGGCUCCCCCGAGCCAGCAAACGCCCAUGCACUCCCCACGCCCGACGAGCUCCAGGAAGCACUCAGCACCAACGUCCACGAUCGCGAGGGGAAAACGUAUGCACUCGGCGACCUGACCAAAGACAAGCGAAGCGUCUUGAUUUUCACGCGGCAUUAUUGGUGCGUCAAUUGUCAAGCUUAUGUCCGCGCUAUCAGCGAGUCAAUUCCGCCUUCAAAGCUGCCUCCCAAUACUCAGAUCCUCAUCAUCAGCAACGGCUCCUACCAACCCAUUGACUUCUACGCCCGCACGACCUCGUCGGCCUAUCCGAUUUACACAGAUCCCACAUGCCGACUCCACGCCAUCCUGAAGUUUGGAUCCGGGCUCAAGGAGGGCACAGAGAAAAGAGACUACAUGCAGGAUGCCGGGGGCACGGUGAGCCGAAUUGUAGGUGGGAUCAAAGGAGCGCUAGGAAAUUUGCAGCAUACGGCGUACAUCGGGCCGAAAAGCUUGAAUGGUGGAGAGGUAAUUGUGGGCGCUGACGGCAAGUGCGAGUACAUGUACAGGAUGCAAAACACGGUCGACCACACCAGUAUUGCCGGGCUGGCUCAGAUUGUCGGCGUUGAGAAGGCAUCGCCGCAGCAGGCGUGAGUCGCAAGAGGCGAAGGCGCCUGUGAAGA